AUGUUUGAUCAGACGAUGGAUUCCAACUCUAACCCUACCACAUUCGGAACCGUGGCAGAGAUCCUCGCGUCAGAUUCUCGGCCUGCGCUCUCUUCCCUCACGCCCUCCCUCAUCCGUCUCUAUGCCAUCCUUGCGCCAGCUUGCCUCGUUGUCUGCGCGACUAACGGCUACGACGGCUCAGUCUUGACCGGCCUCCAGGGCGUAGCCGCCUGGAACCAUGAGUUCGGGAGUCCCAAAGGAGCUCUCUUGGGGAUCACCAGCGCAGCUUACCCUCUCGGCGCAAUUCUCUCAACUCCCUUCUCAGCCAUGAUCUCCGACCGUUUCGUGCGGAAAUGGUCUAUCCUUAGCGGCGGUAGUAUCAUGAUCAUCGGUGUGCUGAUACAGUACCUCAGCCACUCCAUCGGGCUCUUCAUCGGGGGACGUAUCGUCGUCGGGUUCGGCAUCACCAUGGCCCUCGCCGCCGCCCCGACCGCGAAGAAGAAGCCUUCAACAUCCUCGUCAAGCACCAUGGCGGCGGCGACCCAAACGACCCCCUUCGUUCUCGCGCAAUUCCACGAGAUGAAAGUCGCACUGCAGCUGGAGAAGCAAGUGCAAGACGCGGGCCCCAAGCUGUUCCUCAAAACACCAGCCAACCGUAAGCGGCUGCUCAUUCUCGUGACGCUUGCUGUUGCUGGUCAAUGGUCCGGGAAUGGGUUAGUCAGUUACUACUUAACUCGCAUCUUCAGCAGCAUUGGCAUCACAGGUCAGCGGGAGCAGACUUUGCUCAACGGAGUCAUCAGUACGGUGAACUACGCAACCGCUCUUAUGGCGGCGGGGUUGUCGACGAAGCUCGGCCGGCGGUGGAUGUUCGUCGGCGGCGGAGUUGCCAUGUGGCUGACCUUUUCGUCACUCACCGCUAGUAUUGCCGUCUACAACACCAAAGGGACAACAGCUUCGAGCCAAGCUGCGUUGGCGUUCAUCUUCAUAUACUACGCGGCAUUCAACCUGUGUCUGAACCCGCUUCUCUUCCUCUACCCGACGGAGAUCCUGCCGUUCAGGUUGCGGGCGAUGGGGUUGAGCAUUCUUGUAUUCGCCAAUAAGGCGGCGUCGUUCCUGAACCAGUUUGUCAACCCGAUUGGGAUGAAGUCUCUGAGUUGGAAGUACUACCUUUUCUAUGUUGGAUGGCUACUGGUCGAGAUCGCGGUGUUCUACUUUCUGUAUCCGGAGACUAAGGGGUACAGCCUGGAACGCAUGCAGGAGGUCUUUGGGGAGGAGAUCAAAGAUGACGGGCCCGAGGAGAAGGCCUCCAUCAUCAACGAGAUGACAGCAGUAGAGCACAAGGAGUGA